GCACCGGCGGCGCGGCACUACCCAUCAGCCUGUUCUCCAUCCUCCAACAAGGUCGCUCCGCUCACAGCCGCAGACUAGCUCAGAGACCCGACCAUGCUCGGACAAGCCGUUCGCCGCUUCGCCACCUCCGCGGUGCGCUCCUCUCACUACGCCGAGGGCCCCGGAAAGAACCUGCCAUUCUCAGUAGAGAACAAGUGGAGGCUGCUGGGCAUGAUGGUGCUGUUCUUUGGCAGUGGCUUCGCCUUCCCCUUCAUUGUUGUCAGGCACCAGCUCCUGAAGAAGUGAAGCUUUUACAUCUCCUGCCAGGUUGUUGUGAAUUCUCGCCCAAAACGGCUGUCUUCGUUUCUUCAGAUGUGGUUCCCUUAACAUUAUUUGUAAAUAAAAUGACACAUUACA